AUGCCACCGAAGGCGCUGUCGAGGUUCGCCGAGCUCGGCGCAGUGACAAUUUACCCGACAUCAAUCGUCGACGGCAAGCUCGAGAACUGCGCCUCCAAAGUCGCCCAGAUUCGCCUCUCGCGGCGCGCUGAGUUAGUAUCGCCGGUGGAGCCGACAAACGCCGGCCGGGCGCCGCUCGGACUCGGUUGACGGCCGCCCAAGUGCUUGGCUCGUGCCCAGCCGACCGGCAGGCGAUGCCCACUCGCUGCUAGGCUAAUCUCGGGCUGUCUUGCGGCGGUGUGGUGCCGUGAAGGGCACCCGGCACAAAACUACGAUAGUUAGUACCGUGCGGGGGCAGUGCAUUUAAUUCUGUCAAAAAUCGAAAUGUGC